AGAUAAUAGCAUAAAUUACUUUGUGUGUAGACAAAUGCUAUAGGAUAGUAAGAACAAAAAGUCGUUCGUUUGCCAAAAAUAACAUUUCUAUACAAAAUUUCCAACAGACACUCCCAUUCAAAGUUGGGGUAAUUCGGUUAAAUGGUAGUAAACUACAUUGUUUUUGUUUUCGUCAACAUUAAAAAAUAUAAACAACAAAAUUGCAUAAAAUGCCGUAAUUUCCGCUGUGUAAUUUCACUAAACUUGGAUUGUGAACAAAAUAUAAAACAUAUUAAUUUGUUUCUUUAAGAAUUUGAUAUUCAUGAGAAUAUGAUUUGCAUGCAUGCGUUCUUUAUUUUUAAAAUAUAAACGUGAGCGGAUUGACAUGUUUUCGUAAGCGGCAUGUAAAUAUCACAUAUGUGAAAUGGAUACGGCGGUAUAUAUAAAAUCGAAUCAGAGGUUCGUUUUUCAUUUCAAUACGCACGCAACAAACAUGGUACUCUUAAAAGUAUGGCUUUAUUUCAUGGUGGUACAGCUAGUAAGCACCGAAUACAUGAUGUUCAUGCCAAAAGUCUUCCGAUGCGAUGAAAAUGAAUCAGUCCUACUGCAAUUCUUCGACUAUUAUAACUUAUGUGUGCAAAUAGAGUUACUUGAUGUUAAGACCGAAAAAAUACUGAAGAAAUAUUUGAAAGUAUUUGAGGGAAACCAAGUUUUAUUCAACAUCAGUGUUGAAGGAAAUGAAUGCCUGAAUGAUGAAGUGAUUUUGAAUGUUACUGGAUAUAAACCGCAACGUAUAAUUGAAGGAAGACAGUUGUGUAGUGACAGGAUUGAUGAUUCAAUUAAUAUGAAACAAAUACUUCCUAUAAAGAGAACAUUCGGGCACAUUUUCAUUCAGACUAAUUUGCCCAUUUAUCGACGAAAUGAAAAAGUAACAAUACGCAUAUUCCUUUUAAAUGAAACAAUGCAUAUUAACAAGUACCAAGUGCUGGUAACUUUAAAGGAUCCAUCUAAUACUGCAGUUUAUUCGAAUAUUUUUUAUGAAACUUCUCCAUAUUUAAGACUAGCUUAUUUGUUGAACUCAUCGGCCCCGUUUGGUCUUUGGACUGUUUCUGUGAAAUAUCUUGGAAGACAUCUUGAGUUACUUAAAGAAAAGAGUUCAACGUUUAUGGUUCAAGAAUAUAUUGUACCAAAGUUCCAACUUGAGAUUAAUACAGAACCAAAGCUUAUUGCAGAAGACACUGAUGUUGUAAAUGUGGCAGUAUCUGCAAGAUACAUGUACAAUAAACCAGUAGUUGGCCAGGUGUAUAUGGAAGCUAGUUAUGGCAGAAGUUACUUUGAUUCAAUGCAGUUAGAAAAUGGUAAGAGCAAUUUCAGUAUAAGAUUGAUGGAGAAACCUGCAAAUCUUCACAUGUUCCAUGUUAAAGUUCGAGUUAUUGAAAGCAACACAAGAGUGACAGAAUAUAAAACUGAUAACACAGCAACUUUUGUCAGUGUAAAAGAAAGUGAUCCCAAAUACAAAGAGUUACAAGAUGCCAAUGAAAACAAAUAUUUUGAAGAUUUAUUAAGCAAUCAAGAAAAUGGGAAUGUUUCAAUUGCAUUAACUCUAAGCGAAAAAGAAGUUUUAACAGCUGGAAUGAAAGUGAGAAUCACUGCACAACCAACAGAUACAUCUGUGAGGACGCUUUAUUAUAUGAUUAUUUCUAAAGGGAAAAUUUUGCUAUUGGAUAAAAAAUCAAGCGGUCAGAAAGUUUGGAACUUUGAGGUGAACAUCAUAAGACACAUGAUCCCUACAGCCAAAUUUUUAGUCUAUUAUUUUCAGAACGAAAGGAUAAUUACAGCAUCUAUAAACCUUAAUGUAUAUGACAUUUGUCCAUAUAAGAUUCACACUAAUAAAAUGGAAUACCUUCCCAAUGAAAACAUUGAAGUUGAGAUAUCUGGUUCACCAGGCCAACAUGUUGUGCUAUUAUUUAUGGACAAGGCUAUGGGUUACAUUGACAGCCGACCCAAAAUUACAAAAGAAUUUAUAAGAGAUGAAAUGCUUUUGAAUCUCCAAACUGAUAGAAUGCUGAAUAAUUUCAAGCUCUCUUUAAUUGGGAAUAGUGACAAAAAGAGAAGAGAUGCAACAGUUGCAAAAGAAAAUGUGCUCAAUUCUCGUGCUGUUCCUUCUACCAUUCCUAAGGAAUCUAAUUUUUUGGCAGAGCCUUCCCCUAUGUCUCAAAGUUUGUUCAAUGCUAAUGUUGCUGAAGACUACUCGACUGAUUCUUUAUCUGGAAUGUUUUAUGAUCUAACAUUGAGAAAUGAUGGUAUGCAGAAGAUAAAUUUCUCUUUACCAGAUAAUCUUACCACUUGGGAGAUUCAAGGUUUCGGAAUUAUUGAUAAUACACAUUUCUGUGUAGCUGAAAUAGCUGAAGUGAAAACUUUCAAAAGUUUUGUUGUCAAAAUGAAUUUCCCUAAAGUUGUAAAGCAAUUUAAUUUUACAAUGGUUACGGUUCUUCUAUAUAACUAUAAGAAUACAGCUCUACGAGUACAAGUUACACUUCAUGAAUCAGCAGAUGUUUGCUCAUAUGUCAAUAGAAAUGGACAUCAUUAUGAAACAAGUGUUGAUAUUGAAGCAAAUGAGUCUAAAUCUAUCUUUUUUGUUAUUCGGCCUCUUAAUUUAGGAAAAUUUCCCCUUAAGGUCUCUGCAAGAGAUACUGGAUCAAAUGAUAUAGAAAUCAUUGAAGAAGAAAUGUUUGUUCAAGUGAAUACUCCAAAAUUUGAAAAAAAAGAAAAUAGAAACUUCACCAACAAUAACCUUCCAGUUGAGAAAGUUCCAGAUAAUGAAAUAUCAGUUAAAAAUCGUUAUUUAUUUAGCAGUAUUGUGAAAACUGCCUUGACUGAACCUGGAAAAUUGAUACUCAUGUCUUAUGGAUCUGGAGAGCAAAAUAUCAUUUAUAUGGCAUUAACAAUUUAUGCUCUAAAAUAUCUCAGAAAUACUAUCCAGAUGGAUGAGAAAGUGUAUGAGAAUGGGAAAGAAUUCAUAAGAAUGGGUAUUGAAAAACAAAUGACUUUUAGAAAAAAUGAUGGUUCUUUUUCAACUUUUGAGAAUACAGAAUCAAGUACAUGGUUGACAGCAUAUGUAAUGAAGAUAUUUUGUGAGGCAUUAACCCUGCAAGAAGUAGACAGAUCUGUCAUAUCAUCAGCAUUUCUAUGGUUGCUGAAGAAACAGAAGAAUAAUGGUGCAUUUAAAGAAGACAAAUUAAUCAUUUAUAAAGAAAUGAUGGGAAUUAUUUCUGAUACUGGCUUGACAGCAUUCAUUUUAAUUAGUUUCAUGGAGUGUAAAGAAAAUUUUCACCAAAAGAUUGUUGAAAAUGAACAUAUUAUCCUCCACUCCAUUCAGUAUUUGGAACAAGAACUUGACACAAUUGAAGAUGAUUUAACAUUAUCAAUUGUAACAUAUGCUCUAACCGUAACAAGAAGUGAAAAAAGUGAACAGUCUUGGAAUAAAUUAAAUGAAAAGGCCAUAUCAGAGUCAGGUAAAAAAUAUUGGAUAGCUGAUAACCGCGAAAAAGAUGACUCUCUUUCUGUAUUAACAACUGCUUAUUCACUCUUAAGUAGAAACCAACAUGAUAACAUAACAGAAGCAGAACCCAUCUUCAAAUGGCUGAUGUUACAAAGUAACAAAAACAGAAUUUUCAAUUCUACUAAGAGUACUGUGAUUUCAUUACAAGCUUUGGCAGAUUACAGUAUCAAAAGUGACAUUCCUUAUUUAAACUUUCAUUUGGACAUUUUUGAUGAAUUAAACCCACAAGAACAAGAAAUUAAUAAUUUUCUAAUUAAUCGGAGUGCCAUCUUAGAAAAACCAGCAAUUUCAGAUCUUUCAGAAGACGAUCAAAACUCUAUCACUUCACUAGGGCUUGGCUCUGACGUUCCUCUGUUUACUAAAAGUGCAAAUGAAGAGAAAUGCUAUUUUGAAAUUAGCAGUAGGCUAGUUGCACGAUAUGAAAGCAAAAAUUCUGACCAUCCCUGUAAUUCUUUGAAACCUGUGAGGGGAUAUACUAACUGUUUUGAAAUAUCUGUUAGGUAUCUUAGAUCCCAAAACUCAUCUUUAACAGUUAUAAAUGUUGGUAUUUUGAAAGGAUAUUAUGUUAAAGAGGAAUUUUUUAAAAAGCUGUCAGCCAAUAACUUGAAACAUUUUAAAUUAAAUGGAAAAUCUACAUUAACGUUAAUCUUUGAGAGUAUUCCAAGCAACAGCACCUUCUCUUUUCAUAUAUUGAUCUUCCAAGGGCGGCAAGAAAGUGUAUUAUACCAAUCACCUAUUCAAAUUUAUGAACUGAAUAAAAUACAUGAAAGCUGUUCAAUUCUUUAUCCAAAGAAAGAAAUACAUUUGUUCUGUGACCCAAAGCAAUUGCAGUGUACUUGUUCAGGAAACUGCGUAAAUUGCUCAGAAGAUGACGAAUUACAUAAAAUGAAGUAUUAUGAGAAAUUAGCUUGUAAAGCAAACCAAACUGUGGCAUUCAUCACAGUGUUGUCAUAUGAUUCUGAUUCUAAAACAUAUACAGCAAACAUCACAGAGUUAUUUAUAGGUCCCACUUCCAUGAAGCAAAAUAACACAAAAAUAAUAAUUCAAGAAGCUUAUUGCUUUUGUCCAGAAAUAGACAAUAAUAAUGACAAAUAUCUGAUAAUGACAAAUAAAUACUACAAGACAGAUGUUGGGUAUAAGUUUUUGAUUGACCGCUAUGGUUUGGUUGUUGAAAGGAUGUCAAAAGUGAACAAAAUAAAGGAGACCAUAGAUAAAUUUGCUGCAAAAAUUAAAGAUGUAGGAAAAAGCUUUUGUGAUUGAAAAUAUAUAUGAGGUGAUCUACAGUUGUCUAUAUAUUUUGUUCAAAAUGUACAAAUACAAUCUCUUCAGAUAAAUUAUUUUUUAAUAUGUUUUUGUUGUGACUAAAGGAACCAUUUUGCUCAGUUCAGUUUAAAUGUGUAAUAUUUAUUUGGGUUAUGUUUUUCUUUUUCCAUCUAAUAUAGAUUCUAGUUUACAUUAUUUUGGACAAUGUUAUAGAAUCUAUUACUAUGUCUUUAAAAGGAUUUUAAAGUCAUUUUCCAAGAUGCUGAGUUAGUUGUACAAAAUAUGUAUUAAAUCUCACACUGUUGCAAAUAUUAUUUAUUGAAAACUAAUUUCAAUAAUGCAUAUUUAUUUUACAUAUACAUAUUGGAGGGCAUAACCUGCCAACCAUUAGAUUUGGCAUUGCAAUUUUUGUCAAAUCCUCUUUUUCAGAUGUUUUUCUACAUCCUCUGAUUCCAUUGACUUAAAUCUUAAUUUCUAUUGAAAUACAUUACCAUAGUUUUAAUUAAUUUUGAAAUAAUAAAAAAAUUUAGUAAAAUUACUUUGUCAUAGUUAAGCUGGUGUCUGGACCAUUAAUCAGCAGAAAAUGUUGGUGGAAGGUUUCAAAUUAGAUCAUGUUAAAUAAACAUAAGGUUUGUAUCAUAAAACCAGUCUUAGGUGGGCUGGUAUCUUUGUAAUAACUCUCUUCUUUCAUCUCUCUCUAUGUCCAUGUGUUUUGCAAGCUUUCAUGAAAAUUUCAUGGAGGAAGUAGAGUAACAUACAGAAGCAAUGCUUCCAAAUAAUGUGACUUCCCCAGCAUAGCUGUGUUUGGCAUUGAUACUAACUAAACCAGACCAGACCAGACCAGCCCUGUAAGUCUGCAACUCUGCCCUGCUCUUUGAUGCUAUAGUAAUUACAAGAGUCUCAUUUUAAGUCGUUUAAGCUCUUUGAUGUGUUGCCUAUGUGGUGUCCAAUUUUCACAGUCAUGCAGAAUAUAUGGUAAACUUGGAAAGUUGUAGUCACCAUCAUGUUUUUGUGGUUGAUCCCAUAAAAGCACUGGCAAUCAAAUGAUUGAUUGGCUUCAGAUGAUUUUCUUGAGCUCUUAUUUCCCUGAUGACUGGACAGUAUCAGCCAAGAAUGUGAUAUUCUAGAGCAAUUUGAAAGAAUCAGUAUUGACUGAUGGAUGAAAGUUGAAAUUUUAGGGUCACUGUCGAGACUUAUAUGUGUUGUGCUCAACUUUUAUGCUGUUCCAACAAGGACGUGUUUAGCUGUCUCUCUCCAUCUUUCGAACUUACGCUAGACAGCUCGCUCACAUCUACAUACCAACGUCCCAACAACCAUGCUCACACACACAGAAGACGUCUCAACAAACAAGAGCUAAAGAUGUAUAUAUUAACCACCUUAAAAUAAAUAAUUGUUUAAGUUGAUAGUCUGGAGUUCAGCGUUCCGUUAAUUCUUAAUUUUAUAUAGGAAAGUCAGGUAUACAUCUAAUGAUGUAUAACCCACUUUCCUAUAGGGUAAUUAACCAAGGGGGCUAAUUGUCCUAGGGGGUAGUUGUCAUCGGGGGGAAUUGUCCUAUGGAGGGUGGGGGUGGUAAUUGAUAUGGUCAAGAACAUUAUUUGUCAAGUCAAAUGGCAUGGUUUGGUAUGGUUAUGUGUGUUAUAAUGUUCAAUGCGUGUAUUUGGAAAACUUAUGCAUGGUUUUACAAAUUCUGUACAAUAUUUUUUUGACAAACAAAUUGUUACAUUUUUAUAAGAAAAUUAUUUAAUAAACCAUUAAAAACUA